AUGACGGAAGUGAAGCGGGAGAAUGAAAAGGGCAAGCAGGUUCAUGAAGCUACCCUGGAUUUGUGCCCUCCGGCUUUGGAUAUCGGGUCUAAAUUGAAACUUAUGACUGUUUCUGGGAGAACAAGUGGUCCAGUCAGAAGAUCAACAAAGGGAGGCUGGACAGAUGAGGAGGAUGAUAUGUUGACCAAAGCUGUAAGACAAUUCAAUGGGAAAAACUGGAAGAAAAUAGCUGAACUAUUUCCAGGUCGGACAGAUUUGCAGUGUCGCAGCCGCUGGAAGAGAGUUCUCAACCCUGAGCUAAUAAAAGGAACCUGGACCAAGGAGGAAGAUGACCUUAUUAUUCAACUAGUUGAAAAGCAUGGUUGUAAGUGGUCUGUCAUUGCAAAGUCCUUGCCAGGUCGUAUAGGCAAGCAAUGUCAAGACAGGUGGCUCAACUACUUGAACCCUGCAAUAAACAAGGAUGCAUGGACAAGAGAGGAAGAGGAGGUUCUAGUUUGUGCCCACCAAAUAUAUGGAAGCAAAUGGGCAGAAAUAGCCAAGUAUUUACCAGGAAGGACGGGUAUCUUCAUAAAGAGUCAUUUGAAAUCUUCUGUCAAGAAGAGAUUGGAUUCAUUUUCAGAAUCAGGGUUUAUUGAACAACCUCUUGGGGCUGUUGCUCUUGAUUUGAACAGUGAUAUACAGAGUGUAGAAUGUCCAAAAGGAGAACCUCUGAAGAGAUAUGCUGAUGAUUUUAUAUCACAUGAUUGGAAACUAAAUGCAGGCAGUUUUAACACUUCCAAUGUGGGUUUGGGUCAUCAGAAUAUCAGCCCAAAAGAGCAGUUUUUGGAUGUGCAGUCCACGUUUACAGGAGAUUCCAAGUGUUUAAGAGCGGGGAAUAUACAUACACUGCCAGAGGAUUCCAAACACUUACACAAAGUGGUGGAACCAAUUACAGAAGAUUCUAAGUGUACGACACCAGGGGAAACUAAUUACGAACCUUUGAAGAGUUUACAGCAGAACUUGUCAAAGUCUGGUGACUUGGCCCUUAGAGAUGUGAACAAAAAUUUAAAGGUACCAGUAUCUCAAGUUUACAAACAUGUAAACCAAGUGACAGUGACGGAACUGCUGAUAUCACCAUAAUUCUCACUACACCUCAACAUUUUGAUGAUGGAAAUUGUGGUUCCUUGCUUCAUUCACCUUUGCAGUUGAUGGAUGGAGAUGUUUGCCUUUCAAGUGAAAAGUUAUCUAAAUCUAAGAAUCAUAUUCAACCUACACCCAGUCCCAUUCAUUGUUCUACAACACUAGACCUUUCUUUAAGUCUUUCUUGUAUUCCAAGCAGCCCAGAGCCUAUUGUAAGAAGUGCAGCAAAAAGUUUCAAAAGAACUCCUGUUUUGCGAAAACAAGGACACGAGUUUUAAACAGUUGUUUCUAGAAAAGUCAAAGAUGGAAACUGUUGGUGCAAAAUAUUCUGAUGGCAUGAGCAACUUUUCAUGGAAGGCUGAAGGUUUUAAGGAUGUUUUGGGGUCUGAAUACAUGCAUCAGAUAGGAAGCAACAACCAUUUUGAUCUCAACAAAACUGUUCGCGUAACUGGUGACCAGCUUUGCUCCUCUCAUAAUUUCUUAAAACAUGAAGACUCUGGUGCUACAAAAUCUGUGGAAGAAAGUUUAGAAGGAGUGUUCGAUAUGGAGUGGGAUCUAUCUUUGUGAUUUAUGUAGCUUUACACAAGGUUCAACUACGACCAGCAACAGUAAGAUGUUACUUAGAUUUAUUCCAAAGGCAUAUGCAUAUAUUAGGCGCAGCCGAUUUGCCCAUUUGAGCUUAGUGAUCUUUGGGUGAACAAAUGUCAUAUAACUCCACAAAGAAUCGCUGGAACUGUUCUGUCAGGAAGAGAUUGCAUCCAUUUUUAGCAUCAGGGUUUAUUGAACAACCUUUUGGGGCUGUUGCUCUUGAUGUGAACAAUGCAGAAUGUCCAAAAGCAGAUCCUUUGAAGAGAUAUGCCAGCGACGAUCGGGAACUAAAUAUAGACAGGCCUAUCACUUCCAAUGUGUGUCUGGGUUAUCACACUACCAGCCCAAAAGAGCAAUAUUUGGACUGGCAGUCCAUUUCUACAGGAGAUUCCAAGUGUUUAAGAGCAGGUAGCAUACCUAACUGCAAGAAGAUUCUAAUGCAUAAGCAAAGUGGUGGAAUCAAUUGCGGAAGAUGAUUCUUUGCACUACAUCAAGGGAAACUAAUUACAAAUCUCCGAAGUGAUUAUGGCAGAGCUUGUCAAAUUCUGGUGAUUUGGCCCUUAAGAGAUGUUAACAAAAGUUUAAAGAUAGGCAGAUAGAUAGACUCCUUUCCCGCUGCUAAGGGAUUGAUGGAUCGUUUCACUUGCUACUCAUAUUGGUGGAAAAUGAAGAAAACCAGAUCUCACGUACCAGUAUCUCAAGUUUAUGGGCAUGGGACAGUGACGUAACUGCUGCUACCAACAGAAAUAUUACUGCACCUCGAUAUUUUCAGAAUGGAAAUUUUGGUUCCUUAUCUUUUGCACCGUUGCAGUUGAUGGAUGUAGAUGGUUGCCUUUCAAGUGAAAAGUUGUCUAAAUCAAACAAUCAUAUUCAACCUACACCAAGUCCUGUUCAUUGUUCUACACCACCAGACCUUGCUUUAAGUCUUUCUUUAUUCCGAGCAGCCCAGUCUCUAUUUUAAGAAGUGCAGCAAAGGGUUUUGAUAAAACUCCUCUUAUGAGAAAUCAAGGAUGUUAGAGAAUUAAACCGUUGUCUCAAGAAAAGUCAGAUGGAAACUGCUGAUGCAAGAUAUUCUGCCGGCAUUAACAAUUUUUCUUGGAGGGCUGAAAAUUUUGAGGAUGUUUUGGAGUCUGAACAUGUGCACAUAGGAAGCAGCAACCAUGUCAAUUGCAACGGAACUGUUUAUCUGAGUGGCGACCAGCUUUGCUUCUGUCACGAUUUUUUAAAACAUGAAGAAUCUGAUGCUACAAAAUCUGUAGAAAAAGGGCCACGAGUGGUCGAUGUGGUAUGUGCUCUAUCGUUGUGAUUUAUGUAGCUCUCCCCAAGGUUUAGCUGCAACCAGAAACUGAAAGAAUAAUUUCCUUAGAUUUAUCCCAAAAGCAUAUGCAUGUAUGAACUAAAAAAGAUAUUAUCACUUUUUUCCUUAAUAUGUCUUUUUAAUGGAGAUGUAUUCCUUUUGGAAUGUCCUGUAUUUCAAUUUUCAAUAUUAGACUGCUGGAUAUUAAUUUUUGUGCAUUAUCA